UUGAGGUUAUGUGUCAGUACGAAAUAAUUCCUUAACGCAGCGUGUUAUUGUUCUGCACUGAAUAUUGAAAUAAUAAUUAUUUAGGUUUUCAUAUCUGCUCUCAUAAUAUGAUGGCUGUGAAUUCUCUUGCGGGGCAACCAUCCUUAUACGCGAAAAUCGUGGGGAUGUUUCCACAGAACCUGUCGUUCGCAUUUGCUUAUGGUUCAGGCGUUAUGAAGCAAAGUGGAGCCAGUCGCAAGUCAAAAAAUAUGAUUGAUCUUAUUUUUGCUGUGGAUAGUUCAUCCCUUUGGCAUGCAGAAAAUAUACGAAGAAACCCGAAACAUUAUUCUCAUUUAAAGUGGUUCGGACACAAUUUUGUCGCGAAUUUCCAAGAACACUGGGGAGCUAGGGUGUAUUUCAAUACUUUAGUGCCAGUAGAAGGACGCCUCCAUAAGCCAGUUGUAAUACUAAAACAAGCUACAAACUCCCAUUUGCGCUCAGCAUUGCAUCAAAAUCUGUACAGUGCUGUCCACGCUGCUUUACUCAUUCUUCCAGAAACGUUUACGGAAACUGAUUUUUAUCGGUGUAUUGCUGGAUUGUCGUAUUCUGGUGACUUUCGUAUGACAUUUGGGGAAGACAAGAAUAAAGUUGUCAACAUAGUUGCCCCGCAAGUGGAAGCUUUCAGGAGUCUUUAUGCACCUGUUGUAAAAUCCCUUCAAGAUUACAUGCACAUGCCAGUUCUAAUUGGUGAAGGCGAAUGCUGUUGCCAGGAUAUUAGCCCAAGUGCCCGAAUGUAUCAUCUUAAUCAGCUUCCCAGAACGCCCCAAAGAGCAGUAGUGAGAUUUUGGAAUACUAGGGGUCCACGCCGCCUUCGUCAGGAUACGGAAGAUACUUUAAGAGCCAUUUCUCAUGACCCUGAAUGUGGGAACGUAGUAGAAACAUGCAUACGGAAAAUUGUAUGGAAUUCCAGUGUAAAACAAAGUGUAAAGGGCAUUGCUACAGCAGGUCUAAUAAAAUCCAUCGUUUACAGUUGGAAAAAAAUUAAAAAGAUGUUGAAGGCAAGUUCUUGGAAGUCUAAGAAUUAAAGAUUAACGAUUGUCAAAUACGUCGUACUUUGUUAACAAGGGCUGUAGGCAGUAUAAUUGUUAUGUACAAGUUAAAGUGCUUGUAGUAUUUUCAAAUUGUAUUAUGAAUUCAAGCCUAAACAUUAUGCUACAAGAUUACAGCUAUG